AUGGAAUAUAAGUGUGGUAGUGGGGUUACAGCUGAGGUCUAUCAUGGUAUAUGGAGAGGUACUGCAGUUGCUGUUAAACAGAUUAAAUUAGGUGGUAAGAGGACAUCUAAGUUGUUAAGGGCAUUCAAAAGGGAAUUGGCUAUUAUGGUUAGAUGUAGGCAUCCUAAUUUAGUAUUAUUUAUGGGUGCUGUAACGGUGGAAGAACCUAUUAAAGUUGUUUUUGAAUUCUGUGAAGGUGGUAAUCUAUUCGAUCUACUACAUAAUGGUGAUGAUGAUAUAGAAUUAUCAUUGCCACAGAAAUUAAAGAUAUUAUUAGAUAUAGCUAAAGGUCUUACCUAUUUACAUGCAUCUAAUAUUGUUCAUCGAGAUCUCAAAUCAUUAAAUCUAUUAUUAACAGAGAGAAUAGAAGAUGAACAUGAUAAACCAAUAAUUAAAAUAGCUGAUUUUGGUAUGGCUAAAAUUAAACAACAAGAUCAAGAUGAUAUGACGGCUAAUGCUGGUACUUAUCAUUGGAUGGCACCUGAAGUCUUGAAUGGCAAUCAGAGAUAUCAUCCUGAUAAAGUGAAGACGACGACACCUAAUGAUGACAUAAAGUCGACUACUACAACUACGACCACGAGCUCUAUUACCGCGAUGAAUAAGGAAAAGAAGGAGAAUAAUACCAUACAUAGCAAUGCCGAUAAGAAAAAGCAGAAGGAUGAUGAUGAUGUUACCGCUACUACUUCUCAACAACAAGAGCAACAAAAACUACGACAAGAAGAGCAACGACAACAACAACAUGCAUUAUUUGGUAACUUAAAUGGAGAUCAUAAUGGGGAUAUAGAAGGACCUUAUAUAGAUGUUACUAUACCAUUACAAUGUACAGUAGAUACACAUAAGGUGGUAGUGAUGGAGGUGGUUACAAUGAUGGCCUUACAAUAUUAA